UUGAGAUUAGAUGCUAUUUGUUUAGAUUUCCCCUGUUUUCUUUAAGAAAAACACUUCUAUUCGAAUUUCAACUCUCUCUUCAACUGUAUCCAAAAUGGGCGAUCCUGGCUUCAUUCCUGGAUUUGUUGGUUAUGCCAUUCAAUUGGCUGGAGAUCAGAUUAUUCAUCAGAUCAAUAUUGCCAUCCGAUGCAGGAAAGAGUUGGAUGCCCUCAAAGUUCUGCUUCCCAGAAUUCAAAAGAUGAAUAUGGAAUUGCAGGAGUAUCGAAGAGUUUUGAGCUCUGGCAAAGUAAGUACAUCCCCCCACCAUCCUUUGCCCUCCACAGUCAACAGCUGGUUGAAUGAAUUGAAUGCUCUUCUGGAGGAAGCAUCUGAUUUGGCCCAGCACUGCACUAUACCCUCAUACCUUCAUCUAUGUUCUCGUAAUAGAACGAGCAAAAAGAUCAGGCAACUCAUUAAAAAUAUAGAAGAGCAUCUAGCCACCACCCCUUCCGUUGCUUUUCUGCACCAACUACAGCAGCAUGUGGCCAAUCAGCAAGUGCUUAAUCAGAUUAAAGAAAGGGUGAAUUUUCUUGAUCUAAAUUCCGGCACAUCUGGAGAUCUGUUUUCAUCUACUUCUUCAGCUGCUCCCAACACAAAGUAUAUUGAGGAGGCAAUCGUAGUCGGACAAGAUUCUGCAUCAAACGCACUUGUGGAGCUGAUUGAAUCCGGGCAGCACAAAAAUGUGUCUCGUUUCGGCAUAGUGGGGAAAGGGGGGGCCGGUAAGACUCUGCUACUCAAACGAAUCUUCAACAGUAACCAGGUACAGAGUCUCUUUAGCAAUGACUUGAUGCUUUGGCUUACUGUUUCACAAAAUCCAUCUUUCAAGGAUCUCAGAAAUGACCUUGUAAAACAAAUAGCUGUAAAAGUAGAUGAAAGAUUGAAGGGUAAGGAAGAAGACCAUGUGAAAACUUGGUUGAAUGAAGCAAUGAAAAAACACAAGUUUGCCCUAUUUAUAGAUGAUGUAUGGGAAACAAGUGCAACCUUGUUGUUAGAGGAGCUCUGUGUGCCCCCCUCCCCGGACCACAACUCCAACGUCAUCAUUGCCACUUCCAGAAGCACUAGUGUGCUCUCACGGUUGGGCGUUCCACCUUCAUCACUCAUCCAAAUGCAAGACUUGACUGAGGAUGACAGUUGGAAAUUGUUUUCUUCCCAUGCUUUUCCACAUAGCGAUGGAAUUUUACCCAGGAGCAUUGACGAAGAAACAGCGAGGCGCGUUUGCAAGGAGUGCGGGGGGCUUCCAUUGACCCUCAAAGUAAUCGGGCACGCAAUGGCAGGCCUCUCUCAGUCAAAUGAAUGGGAAUUUGCACUCCAGAGGUUGCAGAACGACGGUACGUACUCGCUUUCAGGCACGCUUUCGGGAACGUUGAGAUUAAGCUACGAUGCAUUGGCCGAUGUGGCCGGCUAUGGCAUUUCCUUGCAGUUGUGCUUCCUCCACCUUGCUGUUUUCUUUCAAGGGCAAAUCAUCGGUAGUAGAGUUGUUAUAAUGUACUGGAUUGGAGAAGGGCUGGUGGUUGGGACAAAUCCUUUCCGAAUUGGAGAGGUAUAUGUCAGUUUGUUAGCGGACCGCUACCUUAUUGAACCAGUCCAGAAGGAUCAUGAUGGAAAGGUGAUCCUUUUCAGGGUGCAUGAUGUUUUGCACGAUUUAGCACAUCAAAUUGCUGAAAAGGAAAAUGGUCUCUUUCAGGCAGGCAGAGGUUUACUAGAGUUUCCAGCUGAUGUCUCUUCAGGACACGUGAGAAUUUCAUUGAUAGAGAACAAUUUGACUAGGGUUCCAAAGACAUUAGGAGCACCCUAUAUCCGCUGCUUGCUACUUGCAUGGAAUCCUUCUUUGAAAGAAAUUCCAAAAGAGGUGAUUGGGAACAUGACCGCUCUUAGGGUCUUGGAUUUGUCAGGGACUGCCCUCCGGUCGUUGCCAGAAAACAUGGGAUGUUUGAAGCAUUUAGUUUGCCUCCGGUUACGCUCUGUGCCAAUCAAGAGACUGCCCAACUCUGUUGCUGCUCUCAAAAGCCUUCGAGUAUUAGAUCUUGAUCACUCUGAUCUUAUACAACUCCCGGUAGGCAUUUCUAUGUUGACUUCCCUACAACUUUUGAAUGUUAGUUUCUGUGAGCAUCUGUAAUGCAUGCCUUCUGGGAUCUCACACCUUACAUCUCUGGAGUACUUAAAUGCACUUGGUUCUCCAAAUAUAAGGUGGAGUAAGUGCCGAAAAAAACGGCUUUCAAUUACUGAUUUCCACGCCCUAAACCAAUUGAAAAGAUUAGGGUUUUGAAAUAACGGUGAAAUAAUUCAGGAAGGAAUGCUGGGAAUCAUGGAGCAGAUGGAGUAUAUAUUUUUGAUUCUCACAAGUAUGGAAAGGCUGCCUCAUGACAUGACUGCCAUGUCAAAAUUGAGGAAAAUUUGGCUAGAAUGUCCUUAAUUACUCGAAAUACAAACUUCAUUUUGUGAAUUUCAACAUCUGAGCUACAUUAGUUUAUUCCAAUGCGAGAUGCUGAAACAAUUACCUGCCUUACACAAACUUGCGAGUCUAAAGCACCUGAAGAUCAUGAAGUGCCCCAACAUUGAGAAGUUCCCAGAGGAAUUUGGCAAGUUGGGAGGAUUUCUUAAGCUGGAGGUAUUUUCAGUGAUGGAGGUGGAGAAGCUAGAGCAGCUACCAGUAGUAGAAGAAGGCGCAUUGCCCUCACUUAAAACAUUAGCAAUAAUGAAGUGCGAGGAAUUGCAGAGGUUACCACAGAGUUAUUGGAAUUUGAAGAGUGUUGAAAAAAUAAGAGUGUAUGGUUGCUCAAAGGUUCAACUCGUCAUGGCAGAGGAGGAGGAGGAAAACUUUAUCAAGACAAAGACCAAGGUUCAAACAAUAACAUUAUCCACCACAGAAACUCAAGCAUUAGAAGAGCGUUAUGUAAAUAUGUGUCGCGGGACUGCAUAUUAUCGUUAUGGGGAAUUUUGGUGUAAUGAGAUGUUUCAAUUUUUUGAUGAUGUUAAUGGAUUUUAUUUGUUCUGAGUUGUACCAUUCAAACGAAUGGUAUAUUUUGAAAACACAAAGGCAUGACAGAAGUCAUGGCUGCUAACAAGGUUCCACCAUUACUUCAUGGAAGAGGAGUAGCCAACUAGGAAGGCUUCUGCUCCAAAGCCAUGGCCACCAUAAGAACCAUCCUUCGGAUCAUGGGAAACAUCCGUUGUUGUCCUUUGUAACCUGGAUCAGCAAAUUGGCUUCAAAAGCUAGAUUUCCUUGUUGCUGCUGGUUUGUAGCUGUGACUGUUUUCCAGCUGCUUACUGUAAUUCCUUUUUGCUGCUGUUGAUGAUAGUUCUUACGCCGAGAGGCGUUUUUUUUACGCCAAGAGGCGUUCUAUGCAGCUGCAGCACGUCUGUGUACAUGAAAAAGAAAUGCUCGACAGUUACACUUGAAAUGAAGGAGUUGCACAGGGUAGUGGAAGAGAAUCGACGGUUUGAGAGAAAGUUUCUCAUUCCAUUUUGCUUCACUCCUAUAUUUACAGAGCUCUACACGAAAGCAGACAUGUUAGCAUACGCUGCAGCAUUGGUGAUGGCGAUGAUGAUAAACGCAAUGCCAUUACGCAAGUGAGCGGGGCGGAGGCACACCCGCUCCAUCAAUGCUUCCUGCCGCAGGCUGCUCUCUUUACUCUGAUUUUCAUUGAUCUGUUCACCAGAUGAAUAUGGAUAUGAUAGAUCGCUUCUAACUUUUUUCAUUUUUAUGAUCUGAUUAUAUUCAUGGUCAUUGUAGGCCGGAUUCUCAUUGAGUUUUUUGGUUCCCCAUUUAUAAAUAAGGGCACUUUUCCAAGUUCUGUGUUAAGGGUUUGCAUAUUAAUAGUAGAAUUUGUUUUCGAAAUUA